CUCUACUCCUUAUCUCGAUUUCUACCUUUUUUUCUCCUUUUUCUUGUGAGCUGUUCACUGCUAUAAUGCUGUCGUCUGCGCUAUUCAAGACGAGCAUGCGGGCAGCGUCAGUGCCAUUCGGACGGCUGACGGUCUCGAAAUUCGCUGCAGCCUCGCAUUUCCGACAGCUCAGCACCAAAGCUGCGCACAGCAAGGUGCUGCAGCACCUCAAACAGCAGUCACAGCCAUACCGGCUUUACAGCUCGGCCCCGCCCAAGGCACCCACUGAGACACACACAGCCCUGCCCAGCCAGUCGCCCACAGAGACAAAGCUGGUCCCGGCUCCAGCAAAGAAAAGGAGCCGUGGUGCCAUGAGCAAGGGCGGGCUCCAGAUUAUUCUGAGCAUGUUCAAGUACGUAUGGCCCAAGGGCGACUGGGCGACCAAGUCGCGGGUCAUUACGGCUAUAGUGCUGAUGCUGGGCAGCAAGCUGCUGAACGUGCAGGUCCCAAUGAUUUUCAAGAGCAUCGUGGACGGGCUGAAUGUGGACGUGGCGAUGCUGGGCGGCACGCUGUCAACGGUGGCAACUGCUAUGCUGGUCGGGUAUGGCGUUGCUAGGCUAGGGGCCGCAGCGUUCCAGGAGCUGCGGAAUGCAAUUUUUGCCAACGUCCAGCAAAGUGCAAUCCGCAACCUGGCACUGAACGUGUACAGGCACUUGCUGGACUUGGAUAUCCGCUUCCACCUAUCGAGAGAGACUGGUGGACUGACCCGCGCUAUUGAUCGAGGAACCAAGGGCAUCAGUUUCAUUUUGUCCUCGCUGGUAGUGCACCUGUUCCCGACUCUGCUCGAGAUUGGAAUGGUGUCGGGAAUUCUGGCCUACAAGUUCGGUCCGCAGUACGCGGUGGUCACAGUUGCUACCAUGGCAACCUACAUUGCCUUUACGCUGGCAAUCACGCAGUGGAGGACAAAGUUCCGCCGUCAGAUGAACGUGGCUGACAACCAGGCGGCCACCGUCGCUGUCGAUUCGCUCAUCAACUACGAGUCAGUCAAGUACUUCAAUGCUGAGGAGUUCCAGGCCAAAAAGUACGACAAGGCCCUGGCCAACUACCAGAAAGCGGCACUGAAGACCGCCGACAGCCUUGCACUGCUUAAUGCUGGACAGAACGCCAUCUUCAGUACAUCGCUGGCGAUCAUGAUGUACAUGGCUGCACAGGGCGUGGUUGGCGGAACCAUGAGUGUCGGCGACAUCGUCAUGGUCAACGGGCUUGUGUUCCAGCUGUCGCUGCCGCUGAACUUUUUGGGUAGUGUCUACCGUGAGAUGAACCAGGCCGUGAUUGACAUGGACACCCUGUUCAACCUGGAGAAGGUCAGGCCCGAGAUCACCGACAAGCCCGAUGCCAAGCCCUUGCAGCUCCAGGGCGGGUCAAUCCGGUUCAGUAACGUCAGCUUUGGGUAUAUCCCCGACCGCCCGAUCCUGAAGGAUGUGAGCUUCGAGAUCCCGCCUGGCUCGCGCGUCGCCUUUGUUGGUCCCAGUGGAUGCGGCAAGUCGACGAUUUUGCGGCUCAUCUUCCGGUUCUAUGACCCAGACACUGGCAAGAUCGAUAUCGAUGGCCAGACACUCGACCACCUGCAGCUCGAGUCCCUGCGCCGCGCAAUCGGCGUUGUCCCGCAGGACAUGCCGCUAUUCAACACUACAAUCUACCAGAACAUCCUGUAUGGACGUGCUUCAGCCAGCGAAGAGGAGGUGUAUGAUGCUGCUCGCCGGUCCAACAUCCACGACACGAUCAAGUCGUGGCCGGCCCAGUACGAGACACAGGUCGGUGAGCGCGGCCUGAUGAUUUCUGGCGGUGAGAAGCAGCGUAUUGCGCUUGCGCGUGCAAUCCUGAAGCGCCCGCCGAUUCUGUUCUUUGACGAGGGAACGUCGGCGCUGGAUGUGAGCACUGAGCAGUCCAUUCUGCGCAAUGUGCGUGAGAUUCUGGAUGAGCAAAAGUGCACUGCCAUUUUCAUUGCCCAUCGCCUGCGCACGAUCAUGGACGUCGACCGGAUCUUUGUGCUCAAGGAUGGCCAUGUUGUCGAACAGGGCACCCACUAUGAGCUGCUGUCCAAGGAUGGCACCUACCGCCAUAUGUGGAACAUGCAGGAGUCGCAGGGAUACCUGGAAGAGCAUGCUGGCAAAUAAGUAUAAAAUAUCGUUUUUUUAGUUGCGAAAUAGAUAUUCAACAUCCAAGAAUUG